AUGGCGACCCGCGACCGCGUGGCCCAGGCCAAGGCGCGCGCGGAGCGGGCCCGGCCGCCCACGGUGCCGGUGCCGCAGGUGGAGAUCGUGCCGGGGCGGCUGACGGAGGGAGAAUGGCUGUCGCUGCUGGCCUACGAGGACGGGGAGGACGUGGCGGGCGACAUACUGGCGGCGCUGCUGGACCAGGCGCUGGCCGAGUGCUACAAGGUCUACCUGGCCCGGCAGUGUGUGCCCUACGUGAUCGCCCAGGCGCGGGAGGCGAUGCUGCAGAUCGUGGAGUGGCGCUUCCUGGUGCGGGACGGGGGCGAGAGCGACGUGCCUGCGGACCCGGCCUGGCAGGAGGACGAAGAGCCGGCCGCCUCCAUCCCCGACUCUUGGGCCCAGGGCUCCGUGCCGCUGCUGCAAACCGUGCCCAGCCCGGAGUUGGAGUCCCCCGGUUCUGCAUCGGCAGCGGUGAAAGGACCCAACCGGGACUCCCUUGCUGAUCACCCUUUCCUCCAGGUUCCUGCCGUCAAAGUGCCGGAGGAGGAAGCGCCUGCCCUCUGGGAGCUGCCAGGCGAGGAAACCACCCAGGCUGAGGUGCCCCUCCAGUGUGGAGAGGAACUGACCUGGAAACGGCCCCUGUCGGAAGCCAAGCCUCCCAAGCCCAAGACAAGGAGGGGGCUGCCGAAGGGCCAGGCUGAGUUCCCACCCAGGGCUGCCUCUCCUAGGCUCUCCUUCAAAAGCAGGCCGUCCUGCCAGCUGCUCCCCCAGCACUCGGUUAAAAUGGAUGCCGGCGCGAAGACCGUCUCUGGGAAGAAGGGGCUGCCUGGGGCGAAGGUGUCCCAGGGCCCCCUGGAAGUGAGCUCCCUGCUAGGCAGCGCGCAGCCCCUGCUGCCUUCCUCCUGCAGCAACCUCCUCCGCAUCCAGAUGGGCCGUCCGCCCAACAUCAGGGAUGUUUUCUAUGACGAGAUGGGCAACGUCACGCUGGUGCCUCACCUGGAUCUGAGCCGCUUGCCUAAGCGGUGGAUCAAGCCCACCGUGGAAGUGGUGGACCCCAACGUUGAGUCGAGGUGCCAGGAGACGCUGAAGAUGGUCUCGGGCCGCUGCAAGCAGCGCCAUCCACCGAGUGGCUCUGUUAAGCGGGCCCCUGCAGAUCAAAGCAGCCUCCGGGCUCAGGGGCCAGAGGAGGACCCCGUGAAGUCCAGGCGGAAGGCCUGCCCGGAGCAGGCGGCCUAUUCUCCUCUCCUACCGGGAAAGACCCUGGAGCCCACCAGCUUUGUGUUUGUCAAGCCCAACUUGCUGGCAGAGACGGUUGACCUGGCCCCGGGAGUGAGCCUGCGCCGUGCCGGCAGUGGCUCUCUGAGCGCACGUAUGCAGCCUGCAGAAGAUGUCAAGGAGGCGGACGGGCCCUUCCUUCAGGAGCCACGGCUUCUGCCAAACCUGUGCCCCAAAGCUGUGCUGGGAUGA